CGGAAGCGGUAGGUACAAACAGAAAACAGUGCAAUGUUCGGACUCCUCGGGAAAAACAAACCUGUUAAAAUCCGGAGUUGUGAUCAGAACACAAAGUACGGAGUCGCAGCAAAAGAUGUGAAGGAGCUGCUUGAAAAAGGCUGCAAGAUAUUACAGUUGCCGCCUUCUGGUGCACAUGUUUGUUUGUAUGCUGAUGGGACAAAAGUGACGCAGGAAUUCUUCAAGACUCUCCCGGACAACACUGAACUUGUUCUUCUCGCCAGAGAUCAGACAUGGAGCGGAGUUGUGUGUGACAUUGGUCAGUUACUGAGCCCAGGCCGGUACUCCGACGGCCUCAUUGAAGCGGCAAAAGGGCUCCUGUCUGAUGAGGAGUCUCCUAAGAGGCGUAAAAUCCUGACUGACCUGCUGCUGAACCUGGAGGAUAGAUCCGAGCUGGAGAGCAGAGAGGAGGAUGAAGACUGGUUCAAAGGUGUCGAUGCUCGGUUCAAGACAAAGGCUGCAUACAUGAAGUACAACUGUGAAAGCAGGAUACGAGGCUACGUGAAAGAGGUCGAUGAUGCCACCAAAAGCAUACAGAAGGCCAAAGUCAAGGCAGAGUUUCUGAAGGCGUCAAAGUGCCUGGUGGAGAUGCUGAAGGCGGCCAAGUACAACGGCUGCUACUUUGACAGGACUGAAAAGGAGCCAGAUCGCCUCUGUACUCGGGAAGGAUGGUUUACCUGCCAGGGAUCAUUUGACCAGGAAGUGUGCCAAUCUUUCCACUCCAUCAACCCGUACGGCAGCAGAGAGAGCAGGAUCAUCUUCAGCACAUGGAAUCUAGACCACAGGAUUGAAAAGAAGAGGUCGGUCAUUCCCGCUCUGGUGGAAGCUCUGCAGAAUCACAAGAGCGCCGACGUCAACCUGAACUACUUCUACCGCCUGCUGUUCACCAGGGAAAACCUGAAGCUGGUUCACAUCGUGUGCCACAAGAAAGGAGCUCACAAUCUGCUGUGUGACACCAAGAAGAUUUUCAGACAAGCCAGUAACACAGACAAAGGAAAACAACAGGCCAAAGCAAAGAAGAGGCGCUUGGUGUGAAUAUUUUUAACUCUUACUUUUAUGAAAAUUUGUAUUAAUUUGUAUGAACUGUGACGGUAAUGGUGCAUUAUACUGAUCAGUUCUGUGAAUCAUUAUCUCAGGUGCACUUCCACAACAAGGUGACUGUCUUUUUACCUCACUUGUUUUUUUACGUACUUAUGAUAUUUCUAAACCAGAGCUUUUAUACUUUUUGGCAGUUGUUUGUUAGGGGCAAGCAAUAACACUGGAACAAACCUUGAAAUCAUGAAAAACAUUUAUUUGUUCUUUGUGUUGGCACGAUGAUGUAAAAAGCAUGAAUAGAUUACAAUGACUGCUUGAGGCAUUCACUCAGUCCCAAAGUUGCAUAGGAGAAUAUGAAAAAGCAUUUUUGCAUAAAUAAGGCAGUAAAAAUAUAUAAAACAUUUGACUGUGUGGUCAGAACAAUCAAUAUAUACAAAAUACUACAAGAUGUGAACAGCACUAGUGCAAUUACUAGGUUUAAGAGUUUAUCAGUAACCUUAAUGUUAUUAUUUAUAAUACAGCUUUUGUACAUGGUGUCAUGUUUGUAAAUAUGAACCAAUCCUGAUCAGGGAAAGUGAUUAGCUGCAUUGAUUUUUAUACAGAUGUGUUGUAUGUUAAGCAGCUGCCAAAAUAACUGAGCAUAUCAGACACUUAGGCUGCGUUCACACACUGUGGCCUUUUUUGCUUUGAUGUGACUCAGAUCAGAUUUUUUCAUGACAGUGUGAACAGCACAAAUCACAUGGAAUCUUAUUUCAGGGUAUAUGUGACUUCUAUGUAACUGGAGACAAUCCAGGACUGUGACCUGUUUACACUGGAAUUUGAUUUGGGCCACAUUUAAAAAAAUAAUGACAGCUGCCGAAGAAAACCAAUCGGAACAGAAAAUCUGAAUUGAGCACUAAGGCUUGCAGUGUGAACGCAGCCUUAGUGAACUAUGGCUCUUUCAUCCUUAAACACUGAAUAUGUAUAUUAAAAGCUCUCAUCAUGAAA